CCCCUGCUUUGCGAGGGAGACUUGGUUCAGCCCGUAACCCGGUAGAGGUUCACCUGACCCUGUGCGUUCCCUUUCCUGUGGCAGCCAGAAGUGACGAUGGCGAAGAUCAAGGCCCGAGACCUGCGCGGUAAGAAGAAGGAGGAGCUGCUGAAGCAGCUGGAUGACCUCAAGGUGGAGCUGUCCCAGUUGCGUGUCGCCAAGGUGACUGGCGGAGCUGCAUCCAAACUCUCCAAGAUCUGUGUUGUGCGCAAGUCCAUUGCCAGAGUUCUGACUGUAAUUAACCAGACGCAGAAGGAGAAUCUGAGGAAAUUCUACAAAGGCAAGAAGUACAAGCCUUUGGAUUUGAGGCCCAAGAAGACUCGUGCCAUGCGUCGCAGGCUGACCAAACACGAAGAGAGCUUGAAGACCAAGAAGCAGCAGAGAAAGGAACGCCUCUACCCCAUCCGCAAAUACGCUGUCAAGGCAUAAGUUUGUUCUCCUUGUAUGGAAUAAAACACAAAAAAGCA